AUGUUGGCAGUGAUGUUGGCUGCUCUCAUGUCCGAUCUCACAUCCAUUUUCAAUUCCUCCAGCACCUUAUUCACCGUCGACAUCUACACCUGCUUCCGACGCAAGGCUGGCAAUCGAGAACUUAUGAUUGUGGGACGGUAG